AGUAAACGAUGGACUUUUAAUUUGAAGCUUUUUGCUCGAUUUGGAACCGUUAAUGUCGCUGAUUUCAUGGAGCUCUCCAGCGCAUCAUUUACUAAACAAAAUCCCGCAAACGUUGAAAGCGCAAGAAAUAAACAUCGUGAGAUUGUAAAUAUGUGAGAGUCAGAGAUGUGAAAGCAUGCUCUUUCAUCCAAAAUGAUUUAAAGUAAUGCGUACAUACAUUUUACGUAUGGGUGCCCCAGGGAAAUGAGACUUUUUCAAAAGUUUUUCGACGCAGAUUUUUCCCUCUUUCUUUGUAAUACUGUAUGUAUUCAAUCAUUUCAAAUCGAUCACUUCCCAAUGGGCACAUACAUCAAUUCAAUUUUUAUUCCACGUUGGUUCAACGUAAUUUCAUUGAAAUUACAUGGAAACAACAUUGAUGCCCAGUGGGUUUAUUGUGUCACCGUGAAUUUUAUAAUCUGAGGUCAAUUUCAUUAUGUUUUCAUGUGCCAUGAUUCUGACAUUUGACACAUGAUCCUCAUAGGAUUAGGUUAAAUAGUUUCAGUGGGGCAGUAAAUGUUAUCUCAAUAGAAUACGAUGUGCAUAUUAUGUACAUAUAGCCAAUAUAGCUAUUAAACCCAUGUUCAGUGACUGUAUUCUGUGACGCAAGUGGCCGAAUAUGUUUGUGACGUUCCAUGGAACCCACCGUAUUGUUUAAAACUCGAUUCUGAUUGGCCUGCAGGUCAUUCUACAGUGUAAAUUAUAAAUGAAAACGUGCUUUUAUAUCAGUGUGACAGAUUCACAAUACCGAGCGUGUCUCAAACCGUCCCGCGCUUUUAUCUGCCUAAAGGUAUCUUCACCCACGACUGGAUAGGCCUUUUAGAUACGCUUGUCCAAGGAUGGUAAUCACAUACAUGAUUGGCUUAAUCAAGAAUCAUGGAUACCUUUCAUACCCUCUCAUCACAAGUUGGAACUAGUGGUCAACAUUGGGACAAUGCAGCCCAAAAUAACAGGGCUGAAUAUUUUCAUGGAGGUAAGCACUACACUUCUGAUGGGUUUAAAGAUUGUAUUACAUUAUCUAAAAGUGAGAAAGUAAACCCCAGCUGCUGUUAUUCUUUUCACCGGGAAGAUGGCCCAAUGGGCAUGGUCUGAAGCCUCUCGUCAUCUCAGUAUGUUGAACCACCUGAUUUCCUGCAGGCUUGAGAUUCAGAUCCUGCUGAACGAUGUUAAGCAGUCGAUUAACCACAUGCAGGGGAUGCUGAACACCAUGCAGGGGCAGUGUAUUGAGUUGCAGACUGCCAUAUCUAAGAUCAUCACAGUAACCGAAGUUGCUGUGCAGAGGGAGGGGAUUCUCUCAGCCUCCAGCAUCAAUGCACAGAGGGAGGAGAUCCCCCGAUCAUCAGGCCUCAUCCCGUCACAGAGGAAGGGUAUCCUACAAGCAGCCAGCAUCAAUGUACAGAGGGAGGAGAUCCUCCGAUCAUCAGGCCUCAUCCCUGCACAGAGGGAGGGGAUCCUCCAAACAGCCAGUGUCACUGCGCAGAGGGAGGAAAUCGUCCCAAUGGCCAACGCUCCUGCGCACAGGGAGGGGAUUGUCCCAAGGGCUAGUGUCCCUGCUGAGAGGGAGGAGAUCCUCCGAGCAUCAGGCCUCAUCCCUGCACAGAGGAAGGGGAUCCUCCAAACAGCCAGUGUCCCUGCACCGAGGGAGGGAAUUCUCCGAGCAGCUAGCAUCACUGCGCAGAGGGAGGAGAUCCUCCGAGCAUCAGGCCUCAUCCCUGCACAUAGGGAGGGGAUCCUCCGAGCAUCAGGCCUCAUCCCUACAAAGAUGGAGGGGAUUCUUCCAGCAGCUUCUGUCACUGCGCAGAAGAAUAAGAUCCUCAGAGCAUCACAACUCACCCCUGCACAAAGGGAGUUGAUCCUCCUGAUGACCAGUGUCACUGCGCAGAGAAAGGGAAUCUUCCCAAAGGCCAGCGUCCCUGCGCACAGGGAGUGGAUCGUCCCAAAGGCUGGUGUCCCUGUGAAGAAUGAAAACAAUCAUCCACAACUACCUCCCAUCAUCCCCAUGGUGGCACCACUGUGGAAAUGGGAUGGUGGAGCGUGUACUCCACCUGUGGAUUUCUAUUCCAAGAGAAGAGAUGUCCGACUUAGAUAUGUUGAGCAUCCUGCUAUGAUGUCCAUCACCAAGCCGGAACACUCUGAUGCCAAUCCUCAGUUCCAGACUGGCACCCGGCCGGUGGCUGAGCCCGAGACCCCUGCUGUUCACAAUAACAGUGGAGGCUGGCUCAGCUGGGUCUUUGGGAGUGGAAGAGCUAAUAAGAAGGAGGUUCAUCUACCUGAGGACAAAGACAGAUCUAUUGUCUGGGAUCCAACUCUGCACAGAUGGGUUAACAAAACUGAGCCCAAGGCUGAGGACAAGUGUGUACCACCACCUCCACCGAUGGGGACAUAUGGAUAUCAGGGGAACACUGGCAGUGUCCCCAAAGGAGUGAAUCCUUACUCUAUGAAAGCAGCAGGUCUAUGGGGCAGCAGAUACCCUACAAUGCAUUUCAAUGAUGGGACCUACUCAAAGCCUCCAAGCCAUGGGCCUGGACUGCUUACUAGACAGCUCUCUGGCUUGCUCCCUCCUUCACACUUUGAUCUCAUGGCACCAAUGGUUGUGCCACCUGACACUCUACCCUACUGAGGUAUGACUCUGGAAAAUCCUUCCAAAUUGUAUCCAUUCAUCAUUAACUGAGAUUUUACUUGAACAUAGCAAAUGGCUGAGGUAGCAAGAAUGUUAAAUAUUUUUUGUUUUGUCCAACAGGCCAAUUAACCAGAGUGGAUUUGCCAAACAUAGAUUUUUUUCAGUGUUAAAAAACUUCAGCAUUAAAAAAUAUUAAAAGAUGAUUUUUUAAUUAAAUCUCUCCUUUGUAUUUUGAUGUGUUCUAUCAUCGUUUACAAUGCUUAUUGCUUCUGCAUUGCUUUACGUUACAGACAAGUGUAUAUUAUACACAUAUAUUUUAUUUUAGAAAUGCAUUUUGGAUUUCCUACAUUUACUUACUGUACAGACAAAUAUAUUUUAUACACAUAUAUUUUUUUUUUAAACAUUUUUUAAAAUGUAUUCCAUAGACAGAUCUAAAUAUAUUUAGAUGCAUUUUGAAUUUCUAAAUGUCAAUAUUUUUACUAUCUGUGUCACGUGUUUAUGCCCAUUUAUGUACAUCUUGUUAACACCUCACACAGAUGGUCAGUGGCUUAAAAAAGAAGACAACAGUAACAUGUCAGAUAUAGUUUAAAUGUAUUCAUUGUUGAGUUUGCACCCCAAUAUGACACUUGAAAUAUUUCACAGAAGACUGAAAUGUAACAAAACACCUAUUGUGUUUAUUGAGAUGUACACGGAGAUGCUCAGUUGGUCAAUAUUCCCCUCCAGUGAUUCCCCAACAUCUUGUCAACAUGGGCCUCAAAAAUUAUCUCCAAUAUAUUGUCCAUGUAAAAAGCCUGUCUGAUUAGAAUUAAUAAUGUCCGACAAUACCUUUUUAAUUCUAUGCGCUAUACAUUUUGCUAGCAUUUUUGCAUCACAACACUGAAGUGUAAGGGGCCUCCAAUUUUUUUAUGGACUGGAUCUUUAUAUUUACCACUUUGAAUCGUGUUUCAGUAAUAAUGAAGGAGUGGUUAAAACAUGCUAAUAACGGUCCUCUGAGGAUAUCAAAAAAGGUUUAUCAGAGUUAUUGACCUCACAAGAAGUCAGAUUCGAGUAACUUACAUUGUGGUGCUGAAACUUGAAGCAGCAGCCACGGCACAAACAAUCGGAAAUGGACAGCUCAUGGUGCUGAAAGUAUGCAAAUUGGAGUAAACAUUAUUCAUUUUAAACGUCUUCAUUUUAAUUAGGGAUAUGUGUUGGAGCCUAUAUCUUCCUAUUUAAGAAAUAAGAGGUAGGCCUACCUGUUUGACAGAUGAAAUUAGGCUAUAGGCUGCUAUAUCCAUAGGUAUGUUAGUCAAUUCCUCCACCCGCCAUGCACUCUUUAAAUAGCCCACCUCUGUGUCUGUUAAGACUUGAAGUUAGUUUGUAUGAGAGGGUAUGCCAUAGGCCUACCUUUUCUUAAAGAAAAGGGCAAAAAGUACACUGUUAGUUUAAGAUUCUGAAGAAAAUUAAACAGAUGUGAUUAUAUACAGUUAUCUAUAACAACGCUUUGGUCCGCGAUUCUUAAUGCUAGAAACAAGCUGUAAAAUAGGAAUACCCAGGAAAGAUGUGACUCUGAUGCAUAUGGGGAUAUUGUUGUUUCAUUUGGAAAUAAUCUAAUUCUGUCAAUAUCAAUUGAUUAAGCUAUUCACAUUCUGUACAAUAAAAUACAUUUAACCCAGACAGCUUUUAGGGAAACACUUGUGACCUCUCGUUAGGUUAAGCCAAGGAAGAAGAUUAGCCAGCAGUUGAAGCUCACAUUUUUCUGCAUCAGUAGGCCUACUCGGUCUGGGGUGGAAAGGUAGGCCUAACUUGAAAGUACCAUGCCCAGAUCCCUAUUGACGUCUCAGUUAAUUAUUUGCAAACAGGUUCAGUUUCGUUGCAAAUCAUACACACUGUUUUGGCAUUGUAGAAAUAUAAUAAGAUGAACACAUAGGACUAUCUCUCUGUCUAUACUGUAAUUUCAGUCAUUUGUGAUUUAUUUAAAACUUUUCUACUAAUACUGUAUGAUAACUCUAUUGAAGUCCACUCUUGUACAGCACACUAAAGGUGUAUCUCUUUCUCUACAAUUUAGGAGAUUUUAAGAUAUUUUGUUGUUUGUGAUGGUACUCUAGGUGCGAGGGACAUCCUGUGCCACCAGUCAGUUGAUGGUGGAUGACCUUCUGACCCCGUGCUCGCCAGGUGACCCGGGUGCCAUAGAAUUGACCUGGAUGGAUGUGCCUAGCGACAAGCUGCUGGAGCCCAUCAUCUGCAUGUCUGACAUGCUGUGCUCACUAUCCACCACGCAACCCACAGUCAACAUGGAGGUCUUGUUCAAGGUCAGGAAGUUCACAGAGGACUUAGAGCAGGAGGGUUGAGAGGCCCUGGUUGGCAGGGGCUUUACUACUCCUUACUCAGUCUCUCCUAUCAAGACCCAACUCCAGUCAAAUAGUAGCUACAGUAUUACAACAGUAUUACAACACUACGAACCUGCAUUGGCAAGAAUGAUGGAGCAUUUAAAUUUACACACAAUUGUGCAAUGGAAAUAUAUCUUUUUUGCAUAUCCCAACUCUGAGACACCCACAAGUGCCUUGCUCAAGGGCACAGCGUCAUCAUUAUUUAUUUUCCCACGUUGUCGGCUUCCGGUAUUUGAGCCAGCAACCUUUCGGUAACUGGCCCAAUGAUCUAACCUUGAGGCUACGUGCCACCUCUUAGGGGCUUAAUACAGUUCCAGCCAAUAGGGGGUACUCUGGUGAAGCCCAUGGGAAUAAAGAAAUGUAGUUCAAGUGAAUUGGGAAGAGUAAGAAUGAAAAACUAAAGAAAGACUGUAAACGGCUGUGACCUUUAUGACAUGAUUAAA